UGAGAAGAGCUGCAGGACCUCACGCCUCGAGAACACUUAUUCUGCUCCUCCAUUCCAAAUGGAGAAAUAGGUUGGUUGAAAAGAUUGAAGGAUAAAUCAUAAAUGGAAGGUCUUUACGUUCUUCAGCAACAGGGUAACCAAUUGCAGCCAGAACCCACAAAACUUUUCCGGCUCAGUCACGAAUCAAAUUUCUUCGUCAUCGGAAUUGGUAUCGCAGCUGCCAUGGCAGGGAAUUUCGCCGGCGGCGGCAGCCCAGAAAGACGAGAUUAGAAAUGGUGGCGCUUCUAAAUUAUGUAUGGAUGUUGCAGCCAGUGGUGACUAUUCUAAGUGGACUAGAGGGAUUUGAUCAGGGAUUACGUCGCUGGAUAUAAAAUGCUG